AUGCUUCGCCUUCCCCUCCGCCCAACCACCGUGGGCCGCGUGCCCUUGCUUGCGCGCACGCUCAUCGCGCAGCCCGCUCACCUCCCCAACAAUGCGCCCCCUAGCCCCCUCCCUACCCGUCUCCGCCUCACCGACCCCGAGACCAAGCUGGCUACCGAGAACAUGCAGUCGCUCGUGGCAAGCAUGAACGAGCUCAGGGCUAAGGCCCGCGAGGGAGGCGGUAAGAAGUCGCUCGACAAGUGGAAGAGCAAGGGAACUGGCAAGCUUGGUGCCCGUGAGCGUAUCGCGGCCCUCCUUGACCCCGACUCGGCGUUCCUCGAGCUCUCGCCCCUCGCCGCGCACGAGGUGUACCCCGACAACCUCCCCGGUGCUGGUAUCGUCACCGGUAUCGGAACUGUGUCGGGCCGCCGCUGCAUGAUUGUCGCCAACGACCCCACUGUCAAGGGCGGCGCGUACUACCCCCUCACGGUUAAGAAGCACCUGCGCGCUCAGCAGGUCGCACUCGAAAACCGCCUCCCUUGUGUUUACCUCGUCGAGUCGGGCGGUGCUGCCCUUCCGUACCAGGCCAACGUGUUCCCGGACCACGACCACUUCGGCCGCAUCUUCUACAACAUGGCCCGUAUGUCGGGUCUUGGCAUCCCCCAGAUCUCGGUUGUGCACGGUAUCUCAGUCGCCGGUGGCGCCUACAUGCCCGCCAUGUCCGACGUCGUCAUCAUCGUCAAGAACCAGGGCCGUAUCUUCCUGGCUGGCCCUCCCCUCGUCAAGGCGGCUACCGGCGAGGUUGUCGACGACGAGACUCUCGGCGGUGGUGAGAUGCACACGUCCGUCUCUGGUGUCGCCGACUACCUUGCCUCUAACGACUCCCAUGCGAUCCGCCUCGCCCGCGACGCCGUCCUCGACCUCGGCAAGGCGUCUGUCCCCUCGGUCCCGCCUCCCCGGCCAGUCCGCGACCCCGUCUACCCCUCUUCGGACCUCAACUCGAUCGUGCCAGCCGACACGCGCCAGGCCUUUGACAUGCGCGAAGUCAUCGCCCGCGUGACUGACGGAUCCGAGUUCCGCGAGUUCAAGAAGGAGUACGGCAAGACGCUCAUCACCGGCUUUGCCGAGAUCCACGGCCACACCGUCGGUAUCAUUGCCAACAACGGUGUGCUUCUCUCUCCCUCGGCCCUCAAGGCGACUCACUUUAUCGAGCUGUGCUCGCAGCGUGACAUUCCCCUCGUUUUCCUCGUAAACGUCACCGGUUACAUGGUCGGUACAGCUGCCGAGCGCGGCGGUAUCGCAAAGGACGGUGCCAAGAUGGUUCGCGCAGUCGCUCGUGCAAAGGUGCCCAAGUUUACCAUGGUCGUCAACGGCUCGUACGGUGCCGGCAACUACGGCAUGUGUGGACGUGCGUACGGCCCCCGCUUCCUCUGGAUGUGGCCCAAUGCCAAGGUGUGUGUCAUGGGUCCCGACCAGCUCUCGAGCGUCAUGCAGACCGUCUCGGGCAACCGUAAUGCUGCCGAUGCCGACGAGCGUUUCGCCAAGCUCCGCUCGCGUAUUGAGAAGGAGAGCGAGGCUCUCUACUCGACCGCGCGGAUGUGGGACGACGGUAUCAUCCAGCCUUCCGACACGCGUGAUGUCCUCGGUCUCGCGCUCGAGGUCGCUGCCGACGAGAAGGCGUCUCGCAAGCAGGGCAGUGGUGGUAGCCGCGGCGAGAUCGGCGCCGACGGCGACUCGGGCGACUGGGGCGUGUUCCGCAUGUAA